AUGGAUCGUGAAAGGGCUUCGAUGAAACCAUUGAAGCGGAAGAGAGUAUUUGUUGACCCGGAUAUUGGCCCAAAAGAGAAAAAAAAUCUGAUCAAUGGAUUCUGUGACGAGCUUACUAAGCUAUUUGAGUAUUUCCACAGUGUUUUAGCUUGGAAGUUAGGUCAAGAAGAAGCUGAGUGUUGCUCUAUCAACUCAGCCAUUGCUUGCAUGCUUGAAGGGAGUCAUCUUCCCUUUUCCAAGUUGUCAUGUGAGAUUUAUGAGAAAGUAAAAGAAAGCGAUGGGGUUUCUUUAGGAUCCGUGCAGCGUGAUUUGCAUUUCAUCGGCUCUAGAUUGAAUUAUGGCAUUGACAAUGGGAACCCUAAUUUACUCGAAGAUUUGUCAGAAUCAUGCCUCUGGUGUUGGGAGGUGAUUAUUUCAUUAUGAAAUUUAUUACCGAUGUUAAACUUGGGCAAGUCGGCAUUUAUUUGGCAUUUAUCCGCUGACCUUGGUUCGUUGACGGUUGGCAAUUAUUUUAUUUUAUCCAGGUAAGAGACUUGAAGUUGCUACCAAAACAUAAACGGAAAAUCUGCCAAGCUCAGCGGAAAGGACGGGAAAAGGUCCGUGACCGAGUUGUUGCACUUUCUGGUGAGUUACCCUUUUCAUUUUUACUUGGUUACCACAUAGGUCGAGAUUAUUCUUUCAGAAGAUAAUGAAACCUGUAACUGCCUAUCUUUUUCUCGUUUUCACUGCUCUGAAGAACUCAAAAUAUACGAUAACCGCCUUAUCAUACUUGGAUUCACAUUUUAUGGUUUACUUUCAAUCAGAAUUCCUCUAAAAGGGUGCCCUUUUUUGCUUGGUGUUCAAUGCAUAGUGUGGCCAAGAAGACACUUAAUGAAGUUAAUAUUGCGCCUUUGCUUAUUCUGCUUAACAUUUGUGUUAUAUAAUUUUCAGAAAUAGUGUCGAUUCUAAGGAUGCCAGAAAGUGAAGGCAAUUACAGGAACCAUUUAUCACAAGCAUCAGAAAAACUUGGCAAAACGUUAAGUCAGGAAGAGAUAUGUUCUGUAUUUGAAAAGUUGGCACAGAAGAGUUUCAGCGAGAUGUAUGUAAACUUAUUUCCCUGGUUGCAGUCUUAUCGAGAUUCUUUCCUUUUUUUUUUUUUUGGCAUAUUGAAUCAUCUCACUGAAUAGUACAUUUUCUCCUCCAUCGUGACAGGGCAGGGAAGGAAUGUAAUUCCAAAGAAAAAGAGUUACUCAAGGAUAUAGAGAGGAAGAUGCGGGUUGCAGAGAAGGAAAAAAAGAAACAUGAUCGUCAGCUAAACAGAGAGAGAUGUGAAAGUGUGGGUGUUAUCCUAUCCCUGCCUCAUGCCUUUUUUUCCAUAAUAGGUCCCCUUUUUCUACCCUUUCUCGGGAGUCGAUGACUAUUCAUAGCUAUUACCUUGACACCAAAGAAGAGUGGUCUAUGUUUGGCCUGUUACUCUGACUGGUCUAACUCGUUCUUUCAGAUGUUCUUGCUGCGUAAUUAUUGAAUGUGUCUACAUUGUUCAGCCUUUUACGAGCAUGUACCACAUUUAUUAUCAAAUUCCACAGAAAUGUAUCUCACCCAAGAAAUGCUAAAAAAUUCUUCUGCCAUGUGAAGCAUAAAAAAAACUCGGCAGAUAUUCUCUUUGUUAUUGAGUUUUUACGUUCCCUCUCUCCCUCCCUCUGUAUGAUUCGUUUUAUAUGGGCACCAAUUGUCAUGUCAUUCUUUGUUCGUAAUUUCAUGUAAACAUGAAACUCUCCUUUGUGUGCAUGGUGAUCCAUGAUCUCUGUAAAACACUUUUCCAGGAAAGAGAAGCCAAGCGGCGUCAGAUUGAAGCUGAAAGAGAAGAAAGACGCCGGGAGAAAGAAGAGGCUGAAUUGAAGAAACAAUUAAGACGGGCAAAAGAGGAGGCAGAGAGGGAGAAAAAGUUCCGGGAGAAAGAAGAGGCUAAGGCGAAGAAAAAAAAUUCCGUUCAGAAGCAGGCAACAAUCAUGGAACGGUUUCUUAAAAGCAAAAAGUCUAGUAACAUAGAGAACGAGGUUGACGAGUUUAAAAGUGUCCCCUCUUAUGAUUCUUCCGUAAACAACGGAAGUUUGGAGUCAACCAUAUCAUUAAUGGACUCUAGGCUCUCUCAGCAAAAUAACAUCACUAUUGAAGAUCUUCGAAAGUCAGUGGUCUAAUUCUUCUCUACCUGUUUGUUGAAUUCCUUGCUCAUCUUAUUUAUUGAGUUGUUUGGAAUCAUGAUCUGUAAUGGCCCCUCAGGUCCCAUAUUGCUGCCUGGCAUGGGCUACGCCACACAGACGACUCUCAGCGCUGGGGUGUCCGCAGAAAACCAAAAGCUAAGAUCUUCAAUGAGCUUAAGUUGCAGGGAUCCUUGUGUGAAAACGCAUCUCUGGUCGAAAGGGAGAAUACUUGUAAUUCCAUGAGAGGGAAUGAAACAUCCGACCCCAGCGGGUCUCCAAACAUUGUUGAAGAAGACUCUGGAGAUAAUCGACCAUUUGACUAUUGUGAUGAUACUGCUAUCACCAUAAGUCAAUUGCCCAGAAGAGUUAGGAAGUUACUUCAGUUUGACAAGAGCCACAGGCCUCCAUAUUAUGGUUCAUGGUCCAAGAAAAGGCAAGUUUUUCCCUUGAAAGAUUAGCUUGAAUACACAUGUGUUAUCUUUUUUUCUAAUCCUGUGCCGAAGUAUGAAUAUUGACUUAUACGCAUCCUAUAGUGCUGCUAUUAAGCCGCGCCGUCCUUUUGCCAAGGAUUCUUGUUUGGACUAUGACGUCGACAGUGACGAGGAAUGGGAAGAGGUACAUAUUCUCUCCUCUCGUUCGUGAGAUGCUGCUUCGCUCCAAAAUUGACUUUGAUUGUUUGACUUUCUCGAUAUGAAGGAAGAACCAGGUGAAAGCCUUUCAGAUUGUGACAAGGAUGAGGACGAAAUGCUGGAGGAAGAUGCAAAAGCAGACGAUGAGGAUGAAAGCGACGAUGGAUUCUUUGUUCCUGAUGGUUAUCUCUCAGAAAAUGAGGUACUGUUCCAUACUUUCUCCUCACAUUGAUUUCUAACGUGUUGUGGCGUUCAUAUCGACACAAUUGUAAUACAUCAGUCAACGCCAUUCCGAUGCGUUGACAUGAACCACCAGAGGUGUCUUGUGAUUUCAGCCUCCAUGCAUUCCGGUCCGAGAUCUUUCAUAACUGAGAACAAUAUCCAAAAGCAUCAUUCUUCCUCCUGAGAUCUUUUGUGCUAUCCAUCCGUAGAAUAAUCAGAUUCCCCUCGGAUAUGCCUGAGGAUCUUCAAAGCGCUUCCAUUUGAGGAAGAAUCAGGUUUCCAUUUAGAAUCAUUUGAUUGUCAAAGGACAUUAUUUUUUCAGGAGAUGACAGCCACAUUUUUGUGAGGAAGAACGCAAUCCAGAAAUUUAGGUCCGGGUGAAAAACCGCAGAAAAAAAAGAAAUUGUUUCCCAUCAAUCUUAAAGCCUACGAGACAUGUGUAUGCAUAUAUGUAGUUAUUCUUGAAGUCAAUAGACGUUGACUUUGGACUAUGUUUUUCGGGUAACCCAAGGAUCUCUCUAAACAUUAUUUUUGCAAAAAGAAAUUGUUCUCCAUCAAUCUUAAAGUCAUACCAGACAUGUGUAUGAAAAUAUGUAGCUGUUCUUGAAGUCAAUAGACGUUGACUUUGGACUUUGUUUCUUCGUUGACCCAAGGAUCUCUCUAAGCAUUAUUUUUGCAAAAAAAAGUUGUUCUCCCUCAAUCUUAAAGUCAUAUCACACAUGUGUAUGCAAAUACGUAGUUAUUCUUGAAGUCAAUAGACGUUGACUUUGGACUUUUGUUCUUUGGGUAACCAAAGGAUCUCUCUAAACAGUAUUUUUUUCCUUUUUGGAAAAUUGCUGUGAAGAGGAUUUUGUUGAACUAAAGAGAAUUGCUUUUGGAUAAAAUUUUCGAAUGAUUUAAAUUUUUUUUCCGUCUAGAUUUUCCUGUCGGUGAAAAUAAUAGGUCGUCUCGGAUUUUAUGUCAGGGUGUUCAAGUUGAUGAUGGGCUGAGACGUGAUGCCAUUUCCGACGAGGCCCAGAUCUCCCCCAGCUGCAGCCCAGAGAUGGAAAAUGAGGAGUGCAGUGCGAUUCUCCAGCAGCAGAAAAUUCUCGACCGUCUCACCCAGCAGGCGCUUCGAAAGAAUCAGCCGCUGAUCAUUACAAACUUGCUGCGGGAAGAGUCGGAGAUUGCAGCGGUGAAGGCCGAACAGAUUUGCCUGCAGGCAGUGUGCCUGGUGGUGUGCGAAGGCGGCUCCACCGUUGGGCAGUCUGCCGAGGACUCAGCUUCUGGCAUCUCGUCCACUUCGGCCCUGCCUGAUCCAGAUCUGCCGGAACAUGUAAGUGCAGAUGAUCCCCUCCCCUUGUGCCAUGGUUCUCCUAAUGAUCCCCCUCUUCUGUCUCAUAAGGUUCCAGUCACCACCUUUCUUUCCUACAUGGCCUUUGACUUGCCAGAAUAAGUAAGUGCAGAUCUUGUCUCAUAAGGUUCCAGUCCCCACCUUUCUUCCCUACAUGGCCUUUGACUCGCCAGAAUAUGUAAGUGCAGAUAAUUCCCUCCCUUGUCCCAUGGUUUUCCUCCUAGUGAUUCCCUUCUCUUGUCUCAUAAGGUUCCAGUCACCACCUUUCUUUCCCAUAUGACCUUUGACUUGCCAAAAUCGGUAGUUACAGUAGCUCACCUUGUACCCUGGGACGACUCUGGUUUAUUUCCUUUUUCUGCCAUCUGAAGAUCCAGAUCCCUCCCCCUUUUUUUUUUAGAAUUUAAAUUUUCAAUAAUUUUCCUUUCAAGCUUGGUGGGCUUUUCUCAUAUUAGUGCACUCUGUGCUUGACAACCCACACUAGAAGAAAUUAAUAAUUACUGCCCUGCGGUCAACACGCGGGUCAAAUCCGAUCGCCGCCAGCAGGCUUUUGACUUGGCAGUGGCUUGAAAAGGGUAUUUGUCUUUGCCGCAAGAGAGAGGAUCGUUGACGGGUUUCGGUUGUUAUUCUGUGUACAGGUCAAGGAGGAGGUGCGAGAGAAGCUGGGGGUAUCGCCGCCGCCCACCAAAGGUGCCCCCUUGGUGCUUCCGAAAUCCGGGUAGCUUGAAAGGUCUCCCCCUCUCUGCCUAUUUAUAGUAAUGGUUGACUUGCAACCUCGACAGGUAAACGAGGACGCCCGAAAGGGAAACGGCGAGCCCCUCCGAGCGGCGGGACGGUGAGCCUGCCGGCACUGCUGGCGGCGGCGGCGGCGGCGAGAUCGACGGCCUGCGAGGAGCUCCCCAAGUGCCAGGAGAAUACGCAGCCCCCGAUCUCUUGA